AUGAUCCAAUCCACCAUCUUUGUUGCCUUUUCGUGUCUGGCCUCUGUUGCCAGCGCGCUCUCUGUCCCAUUGAACGAACGGUCUCUCGUUACACGGCCCGUUAUCAAGGCAUGGCCGCACAGCCCGGCAAAGCAUCAUGGUGCCUCGCCUGCUCGCAAUCAUGACAAGUAUUGCACUGUCAAACCCAGCAAAAAUGGCGGCGAUGAUGCUGGCAAUAUUCUCAAAGCAUUUAAAAAAUGCAACAACGGCGGAACUGUGGUCUUGGAUGCGAACUACACUAUCGCAUCGCCUUUGGACCUUACGUUCCUCAAACACAUUGAUGUAGCCCUCACUGGCACCAUCAACUUCUCGGAAGACAUCAGUUACUGGACGGAGCACUCGUUCAAGUAUGCCUACCAAGAUGCCACGGCCUUCUGGAGAUUUGGCGGUGAAGAUGUCAACAUCUUCGGUCAUGGCGUUGGGCUUCUCAACGGCAACGGACAGCCGUGGUAUGAUGGCUUCGCUGCCAAUGCUUCCCUCUUGCGCCCGGUUCUCUUCCUCUUGGAUGGUCUCAAGGGGGGUUCUGUGACGGGAUUGAGCAUGAUCAACCCCCCGAGCUGGUUCAACCUUAUCGCCAACAGUACCGACGUUAUUGUCAGCGACAUCAACUUGCGAGUGGGAAGCACAAACGCAAACCCCGCCAAGAACACAGACGGAUGGGACACAUAUCGUUCUGACUCUGUCGUGAUCCAGAAUUCCAUCAUCAACAACGGCGAUGAUUGUGUUUCCUUCAAGCCCAACAGCACCAAUAUGGUAGUCCAAGGCCUCCAAUGCAAUGGCUCCCAUGGCAUCUCUGUUGGGUCACUCGGCCAAUACGCCCAGGAGUUCGAUAUUGUUGAAAAUGUCUACGUUUACAACAUUUCCAUGGCCAACGCCUCAGAUGGUGCCCGCAUCAAGGUCUGGCCUGGAGUGUACACGAACUUUCAGGACAACUUGAACGGCGGUGGUGGCUCCGGUUACGUUAAGAAUGUGACGUACGAUGGGCUGUUCAACACCAACAAUGACUACGCCAUUGAACUCACUCAAUGCUAUGGUCAGAAGAACUUGACCCUCUGCAACCAGUACCCUUCCAACAUGAUUAUCUCGGACAUCGUUUUCAAGAAUAUGUGGGGAGUAGCCUCCAAGAAGUACGACCCUAAGGUCGGAACGCUGGUUUGUAGUCAGGCCUCGAAAUGCAUCAACAUCCAAGCCCACAACAUUAGCGUGUCAACUCCUAGCGGAAAGACUGCUACCUGGACUUGCACAAACAUGGAUAAUUCUCUGCUUGAUAUCAACUGCGUCUCCUAAGCUAGGGAGAUUCAUCUUGAUGUUAGGGUAUGCCAUUUUGAGUUCACCAAUAACCU